AUGGAGAGCGGGGCGGGGGACGAGCCGCCGACCCUGCGCCCGACGCUGGGCUCCUCCUGGGCGGCGGCCGGCGCAGGCCUGGCCCCCUGCCUCCAGCUGCACCGGGCCGGCCGCGGCGCCGCGGACGCGGACUGGGAGGAGCUGCUGGCGCCGCCUGCCCCGGGGCGCGGCGCGGCGGUGCUGACGCGGGGCCCGCGCGGGCCCGGGGCGGGGCCCUGCUGCCUGUUCCUGCGCUGCGACCCGCGGGCCGGCGCGGAGGUGGCGGCCCUGGGCGUGCUGAGCUCGGCCCGGAUCAUGGAGGUGUACGCGGGGGACGAGUACUGCGGCACCGGCAGGGGCGAGGCGGCCCGCGCCGGCCUGGAGAGCAGUGAACAUGAAAAAAUUAUUUUAUAUAGAAAAUACCUAAUAUUGGAGUCCUCCACACCUGAUUGUAAAAUAAAGUUGCUCUCUUUUGGUGACAAGCAGUGUGUGUUCGUCAGUAAAGUCGUGGUCCACAUCAGGCCGGUCUCGGUAAAUCCCUCCCCAAGCUUUCCAGCUCUGGGGUCAAGGAUCGACCUCGAGAGAGUCCAAACCAUCAUGGAGUCCAUGGGCUCCAAGUUAUCCCCUGGAGCUCAGCAGCUGAUGCAUAUGGUUAGAUUUCAGCAGCAGAAUCGCUUGCCCAUCGGAGAGCAGCUCCAGUCGGUCUUGGGAAAUGCUGGGUGCAAGCACGUGAUCGAAGCCUCCCCUUCGGCCUUGGACACGUCCUCCUCCACGCCCUUCCCUUUUAGAACUGGACUGACCUCUGGAAGCUUGACUGAAGACUUCAAAGCUUGCCUUGGUGGAAGCACGCAGCCCCCUGGUGGAGGGCCCAGGGCGCCGGACCUUGGCGAGCGCACAGUUGUGCCACCGCGCCACUCUCUUCUUGAGAACGAUCUUCAGCAUGCCGUGUCUUCUCUCUUACCAAAGAAAGCAAGUGACGACUCAAAUGUGCCUAGCUCUGACCUGCUGCCUUUCCUCCAGAACUUGUGUAGUCAGGUUAACCAUCUGCGUGUGGGGCGUGACACCCCGUGGCAGGAAGCCCUCACCAAGCCCCGCGAGGGCGUUGCUGCUGUCCCAACAGAAGAGAAACCCCUGUGCUCUUACUUGGAAAAUAUUCUCUCUAAAAACAUGGAACUGAUGGAGAAGAAGCUGACAGGCUACAUAGAUCAGCGCCUGUGUCGGCUCCAGGAGCACCUGGAUAACAAGAUUGCUCUGCUGGUGGACUUGGUGCAGAACCCUGGCUCCCCCCACUCUGAGCUGCCUCUCAGACACUGUGACUCUGGAGAAAGGCUCUCCAAUGGAGAAAGAUGAGCCCGCAGCAUGUACAGUGUUCCCCAGGUAUUUAUUCCGUAUUUAUUACAAAGUGAAUACUCCAAAAAAGUUUGUGAAGAGCAGAUAUUUAAUAUCCUUUGAAGGAUCACCAUUUACUUACAUAAGUGACCUCAGUGUUCAUUUUUACUGCACUUGAUGUUGUAAACCAGUACUGUACACUAAGAGUUAACACGAUAGGUCAUCGAUUAUUUUUGUUUUGCAAUAUUUUUCACUCUUAACAGAAAUAUAUGUGUACUUUUGGUUGCUUGAGUGUUUAAAAUUUUUAAGGAUUUCCAAUGCAAGUUAUUAGUUUGUAUUAUAUAUACAUGUUUGAUAGAAGUGCAUUUUUUAUUUAUACAAAUACCUUAUUUUAUAUUCUUAGGAAUAUGAAAAAUAAUGGUUAGAUGUUUGAUAAUUUUUCUUUUUAUAAUUGAUUCUUAGGAAAUUUGCUAGUUAAGACUUGAAACCUUUAAUUCAGAUCACUAAUUUAUAUUUUGUAUUUAAUCUCAGAUAAUGAAUAACCUGCAGUGUUUGGCUUGUGUAAAAUACUAUCUUGGGACUAUUAAUUUUAUUUGUUUCACUACAACAUGACAGUAGAUAGAAAAGUAAAAAUCAGAACUGCCCUAUUCCGUGUUAGGAUUAUUAUUUUAGAUUCAGGGCUUGACAUAAAAUGAGAGAAGUCAUCUUGUUUUACCUCAGUAAACCCAGAAAGUAUAAGGAACACUCUCAUUCUAUUUUUUUUUACUUUUUGAGCUGAGACAGGGUCUUUCUGGAGCCAUUUUUCAGUAUGUUUAAAGUGUCAAUGCUGAGGCUCUGCACUGAAGGAUUAAGGCUGCAAAGCAAGGAAUUUUUUCUGGUACACUUAAUUUUCAGAAAUUAUAACUAUUGUCUCUGUUGAUGUGUGAUGUGUUUGCAUUUAAAAAAUAAAUGUAUUGUCUUUGGAAACCAUUUAUCUUAAAUAAAUAGAAAUGCUUUAUUUUCAAACAGUCCUUAAAAUAUUUUUAUGAAAAGGAUUAAUGUUUUAGUGAAUUUAUUUUGCAAAAUGAAGGCUAAUUGU